AUGUAUCACAACCAGUUCCCUUCGCAUCCCUCACAGUCUCAUUCCGCCAGCCACCAACCGCCCUCACUCGCAAACCCAGCCUACCUCACUGCGAAUGCCCAGCUGAGCCCAUUCGGAGGUGGUGGCUUGGCGUUGGGUGGUGGAAUCGGUGCGGCAGGAGCCGCCUUCGGUGUGGGUGAUCAGACCGGGUUUGCGAGCCAUGCGGCCAGGUCCAGUUUCCAGCAUGGAGCUCAGAUGCAGCAACAGCAGCAACAUCUGCACCAGCAAUCACACAGCUUGGGCGGCGAGCGCGGACCACGAGCCGGCGGUGCAGGCAAGGCUCGGAUCCGGGACGUAUGGAAGCACAACCUGAACGAGGAAAUGGCUGUGCUCAUGGAUCUGGUGCAGGACUAUCCCUACAUCGCUAUGGACACCGAAUUCCCUGGAAUUGUUGGUAGGCCCAUGGGCAACUUCCGAGGAAAGAGCGAUUACCACUAUCAGUGUCUCCGGGUCAAUGUGGAUCUGCUCAAGGUUAUACAGAUUGGUAUCAGCUUAUUCAACGAGAAAGGCGAGACUCCGCCGGAGCGGCCACACCCCUCAGACGGCCACUCGCAGACCAAGAGGCAUGGCGCUCCUGUGCCGUUGACCUGGCAGUUCAACUUCAAGUUCUCACUUCAAGACGACAUGUUCAACCAGGCAUCGAUUGACUCAUUAAAAGAGGCCGGCAUCGACUUCAACGCGCUCGAGCGCGACGGCAUCGAGCCAAAUAAAUUCGCCAGCCUCUUGAUUCCUUCUGGUCUCGUCUGCUUUCCACAAAUAAAGUGGCUGUCAUUCCACGGCGGCUACGACUUUGGCUAUCUGACAAAGCUGCUCAACGACGACAAGUUGCCAAAGGAUGAGUUCGAGUUUGACAGCAUCAUGAAGAAGUGGUUCCCCUCGACUUACGAUGUCAAACACCUCAUGAAAUACGCGGUCAAGCUCCAUAACAGCGGCCUCGUUACACCCAACCCAGCCUCGACGGAAAUCAUGCAGAAAUUCGAGCAAAAGUCUGGACUGGAAAGCAUUGCGGAAGCGCUGAAGAUUAAGAGGGUCGGCGCGGCACACCAAGCGGGCUCGGACAGCCUGCUCACGGGCAAGGUCUUCUUCCAACUCCGCGAGCGUAUCUACAAUGGCGAGAUCCCUGACGACCAUAUCGGUAAGGUCUGGGGCCUUGGCUUCUCUGGUCUGGAGAUGCCGAUUGCGGCGAUACACAAUGCUGGUGUAGAGAACACACCCCCGUCGGGGAUGAAUGGCACGGCGAACGGCGGCCCGAGCACGCCGAACACGGCAAAUGCUGGCCUGGCCAGUACGCCAGCAGCACAAUCGCAUAAUACAAAUGGCAUGACGGGCAUGGGACCGAUGACGCCGGGCGGCGGCGGCGGCGUGUUUGGCCGCUUCGCUAUGAGCUAG